AUGGGAGGCAAACGCGCUAAGAAGGGAGAAAACAACGCAGAGGCAGGCGGAUCAAGCCUGCACCUGCACCUAGAUACUAGACCGAUCCAAGCGAUAACGCCCCAGAACGAUGUGGGGAAGGCUACGCAAAAGCUGGACACGCAAGUUGGGAAAUGUAAGGCAGGGGUAGCGUGGAUUGACUUACUGAAGAUGGCGAAACGUUUAAAAUUCGGCGUUUAUAACGACCGAGCAGAAAACGAGGUGGAGCGGAACAAGCUAAUCCUGUCCUUCCAGCAAUCCGGGAUACUGUCUAUGAAAGAGACAGCUGCCAUCCCGAUCAUUAUCGACAUCAAGCGUUUGAAAAGCGGACUCACGCUGUCAACUGAUUUUAAGCUUGAAAUCACGGACAACGACAAGAUAAUCGUUGCGUCCGGCCAGCAUCGUCUUGCAGCGUUGAAGAAAUAUAGCCAGAUGCUCAAGGACGAAUAUGCUGCGCUAGAGAAAAAGAAAGACAAGAUCUCGGGCUUAACGAACGUCUCAGCAGAACACGUGGCACAAUGGGACGACUUACGUGGGCAGAUGGGCAUCCUGCUGGGGAAGAUGGACAACAUUGGUAAAUGGGGAGUCGUCGUCUACAAUUCAAAUCUGCUGUUAGCGAAAGGAGAAACACUCGCUGCUCACCUGAGUCGCAACAACGCGUUGCACGAAUAUAAGGAAACCGAGGAGGAGGUAUUGAUCACAAUUUUCAAGAAGGUCCUCGCGCGCUACAAGGAUAAAGAGGAUGAGGGGAGUGCAGAAGAGAAAGCGUUAGAGUGUCUCAGAGAGUUGAAGAAGGAACAGGAGAAGAACACACGCCUCCAACGAGUCCUUGCAAAUGACCCGCUGUGCAUGCUCCUGUCUACGGAGCUUCUACAGUUGGGUCCGCACUUCCGUCACCGUCGGGAGUACUCCGUUACGUGGCUUUCCAAGUCUCUUGAUGUUUGCCUUGGCCUAUAUGUCGCGUGGAUCCACACGCGAUGCACGUUAUUGAGGAAGUUAGCGUCGGAGGAACCGUUCCCCGACUUCAAAACAGUCGAGGAGCUGUUGGAAGACGUUGAGCGUGGCGACGAGAAAGCGGUGAAACGGGCAAAGGAAUUGCGUCAGAUCAUUGCAGGAUACACCCCGGAACAGGAGGGAGACAUUACGAUCUGGGCCGAAUGGAUCGGCACAUUCGACCUUGCGGCGAGAGAGUCGUUCCGCGACUUGUCCAAAGGGGUCGGGGUACUGACGGCUGACUAUAUCGUGUCGUUGAGCACGUACCGGGAGACAUUAGUGAGUAACCUACAAAGGAAGUGGCAUGUGGGAUCCUCGAGUCGAGGCAGCGACAACAAGAUCGUAAAGCACCUAGACACCAUCGUGGCUCGACUUCUGCUGGUGUUAACGCCAGAUGUGACAGCCCCCGACGCACCUGAACCGUUGCUGGGAGGGAUGAUGCUGAACUACGCCUGGACGUUCUUGAACACUGUCAAAACUGGCAUAGCGGAGAUCUGCCGUUGGUUUGAGGCGUUGCUCGAUUACUGGAAGAUCCUGCAUGUCAAGACUCACACCAUGGACGAUUGGUCCACGGUGAUGUUGAAUAACAUCAGGAACGACGCACGUUUCGAGGCAGUUGACGUGAGCUACGAGAUCACCGACAUUAUUUGGACUUACAGGAAUUCGUUGGUGAUGCGCCUCAACAACAAGAUGACGAUGCUCCAACGACGGAUGCAACCUCGUCCGAAGGAUCGAACGGAAUUCGACGCCAAGUUCGAGGCGUUGCCUGCCAUGGAGAAGAUAACCAGCACGGGGCUGACAAACUUAAUCGGAGAGAGGCGAAAGCCUACUGCUCCGAAGACGAGAAGUAUGGCGGCCGAGCCCAAGGGACUUUUGGGCAUUAUGGCCCUACAUGUCACGUCGUGGGAUUGGCUCCACCCCUCGCUCAAAAAUAGUGCGAGGGACAUAGCGCCAAUGGGAGAGGCUAUUACCUUGGAGCGUCUCUACGCUGACAGUUAUCGACCUGAGUUGUUGAGCGAUGUGAGUAUUGGUGCGCUUAGGAGGAUGUUAGAGAUCUGUCUGGAAGGCAAGGCGAAGAAGCAGCAGACGUACGUUAACGCCAGGCUUGUCACUGACAAGAAGUGGAAAUGGUGGGAUGGGAUCGUACUCGACGACAGCCAAGCAGACCCGACGAAGGUGACGAAAGCGAUCCAGGAGACGUUCGCCGUCAACGUCCAGCAAACACAGCAGAGGCUUGCUCUCGAGACGGCUGAUAGGGACGCCAUCACCAAAGCUGUCUCCUACAUAUCUAACAUGGCGUGUGCGAGAGCUGGAGAAAGCUCACACAGUCUGAUGUCAGCUGAUGUUGCGAAGCCACUGGCUCUACUUGUUGCGGGUCUACAAUUAAACAGCGCACGUCUGCGUCUGCGUCAUCUCGCGGGAAACAAUGAAGCCUUGUUCAACUGUGAGGGCGAUAUCAUUGACCUGCAGAUCGCAGUCAUCGAUGGCGUAGAAGAUGACAAUACCUUGGGCUUACCUGAAGAGUCAAGUGUACCAGACAGGCCCACACCAGCGACUGUAACGAAGAUCCCAUCAAAGAUCAAGGUCGCAGGAACAGCCAAAGGUCGAGCUAAGGGCAAGGGAAAACAGAAGGCUGUCACGCCUGUAUCAGACGAUGACGAUGACCCCAUUAGCCCACCCUACGAACCCUCGAUUUCUGAGUCUGACAACAUCGUCACCUCGCCCGAACCACCUCCCAAGCAGCCUGCAAAAGGCAAGGCUGCUGUGAAGGCACGUCAGGUUUCACGCAAACAACGCCAGGCUUCCCCUCCCAUUAUCCUUGCCCAUGCCAGCGACCACGACAACGACCUUGGCCCGGUUUCUACGCCCGCCAUCGACAACAACACUGUCGAUCAUGACACUAUGCAAUCUUCUGCCGUGCCUCAUGUCUCACCAACUGUCGUUGACUCUGCCACCGUUGUCCCUGGUACAACUAUAUCGAUCAACAUCAAGGAUCUUCCAUUCACUCUUGUUCCAGAUCCUACACCUACAUCUUCCGCGAUAGCUACUGUCGCCAUCGCGGAAUCUUACAGUACUCAAGACAUCUUGGCUGGAACCUUGCCCCAACUUACUCCCUCGCCCUCUGAAUUGACUGGGGGUGAAUCUGGUGAUUGGGGAACCGGAGAUACGGACUGGUACUUAAAGGAGACUUAUAGGGUCAAAACAGAAAUAGGUUUCAAACUUGUAAAAAAAUAUCUUUUGGUGGGCUGGUACAUAUCAUGGAGGGUACUUCUGGGAUGGAUAUGA